AUGGCUGAAGACAUCACCACCCCUGACGUCACACCAAGGGCCAACACGAACGACGUCCCCGAAGGCUGUGGACUGGCUGACCCAGGGCACACUGACAAGGAUGGAGAUCCCUCCAUACCUACACCUACCGGGUACAAGCGGCAUCAUGAUGAUCACCAUCUGCCUGGUACAGCUGAAGCUGCAGUAUGUGUUGACAACGGACAAACAAUCAACAUCACCUCUACCGAUGUUGCUUCUAGUCCACGAACUGACGAAAACGAUGAUGAUGACAAAACUUUCAUCAGCGUUGAGGCUGAGAUUGGAAAACCAAUCGAAGAUGACGCGGAUCUGGAGCCAUACGCUGUCGCACACGAGUUCCAGAAUACGGCGUACGGAACAGCAUGCAACACAGCUGAAAAUGAUGCUCAGCAGGCUGCAAACGAUAUCGCCAACGUACCAGUAAACCGACUCUCCCUAAGUGCAUAUCUGAGUUCCAUACAAAACGCCCUGAACUGGAAUCCGAUUUACAGGCCAAACGUACCGCAACAAGCAGCUGGCCAGUGUACUUGUGCCAGGGUUGGCGUUGCUGUUAUAAUAUUUGCUUUGUCGGCGGUAUUUAUCUUUGUCGGGAUCUGGUUAUAUUUCAACGACAACGUUCGGGACGUUAAAAAGCCGACACAGGUUGUGAAUACUACCUACACCCCUGGCCACCCUGCUGUGGACACUACCUACACCCCUGGCCACCCUGCUGUGGACACUACCCACACCCCUGGCCAUCCUGCUGUGGACACUACCUACACCCCUGGCCACCCUGCUGUGGACACUACCUACACCCCUGGCCAUCCUGCUGUGGACACUACCUACACCCCUGGCCACCCUGCUACCUACUACAUUCCUGAUGAACCAAUACACGCAGCUUCUAUGAGGAAGUGGCGCGACGACUGGCGUUGCGGUCAGGGUUACCCAGCAGAGAACGGUCACCCCGCUGAAUGUGACCUUCGCGGUGAACGGCCAUGCUGCUCCCCGGGAGGCUGGUGCGGGCCAGACUGUGACUGCCAGGGUUGUGUCGACUACAGGAUCUUCACGGACACGGGCACAGUGGUCAUCUUCAACCGCAUGGACUGUUGUUCGGAACGACUCAACCCCUUCAACAUCCACAUCGGGGAUUCCGACCAGGUCAGUGAGAACCCCAAGUGUGGUGGUGAUCAUCACAUCGGCAUGGGCCGGCCGUCCAUUACCGUCUCGUGUCAGGGGAUGAAGGGGCGCCACGGCUAA